AUGACGGCCAACCACCAGCUGAAGGUGGUUUUUCUUUGGUUAAUACUGAUCUUUUGGAAGAUGUUGAAGAAAGGGGUCAACGCCAUGCUCAGGAAAGUCGCCGUGGCCGCCGCCUCGAAGCCCCAUGUGGAGAUCCGCCAGGAUGGGGACCAGUUCUACAUCAAGACCUCCACCACCGUCCGCACCACUGAGAUCAACUUCAAAGUGGGGGAGAGCUUUGAGGAGGAGACAGUAGAUGGGCGGAAAUGCAGGAGUUUAGCCACUUGGGAGAAUGAAAACAAGCUCUACUGUAAGCAGACGCUUCUGGAAGGGGAGGGCCCCAAAACGUACUGGACAAGAGAAUUGGCUGGAGACGAGCUGAUUUUGACUUUUGGUGCUGACGACGUUGUAUGCACAAGAAUUUACACACGGGAGUGAACAAUGCCAACCUAUCCCUCUCUCUGCAGGGAAGGGGCUGAAGAGGUGGAUCCACAAGCAGAUGUUGUGAAAGGUCCUGCAGAGUAAACAUCCCUGCAUGUUGUUUUAAGGGCAGGUUCCUGCGUGAUCGUACAUGUCGUCUCAAAUCCCAGCUCACCAGCCCGUAUCUCGAGGUUUUUUGUUUUGCUUUACGACUCCAGGUCCCACUAGAAUUUACGUGUGUACGUGUGCAUGUGAGUUUACGGGUACAAACCCCUUUCAUUCCCCGCUGCUCGCCGGUAUUUGUAGCUUCGCGUUUGUAUGAUUUGAGCAGUGAUUAAAUUCCUUGGCUAUCG